AGUAUUUGCGCUUCGUUACAUUACAACACUGGUAAACAUCAUAGGUGUUAUUUAGUGCUAUUGGUUGAAGGUGCCUCCCGCCGUCAGGCUGCUGCUCCGUGAAGCCACACUUUAUUUUCCCUCAGCACUUACCCGAGUUACACUGGCAGCUGGAGAGAGAGAGACAGAGAGACACUCACACACACACACUCAGGCACCAGGAGCUCAGCUGCACUUAACCCGGACUGAAAAUGACCGUUGAGAGAGUAUUCGACGAACUCGGGCAUUUUAAAAGAUUUCAGGCAUGCCUGUAUUUUGCUGCAGUCUUCCAGUCCAUAGCCUGUGGCAUCCAUUACCUGGCUUCUGUUUUCCUGGUAGACACUCCAAACUUUGUGUGCAGUGUGCCUGGCAACAUCACUGAUGUACUGUACGGUAACCUGACUGGAUCUAGUCUGGAAGACCUCCUGCCAGUCUUCAAAUCGGGGUCCGGGCCAAUGGUGGUGAGGACGGCUGAAGGAGAGCAGUGGGAGCUCAGCCGCUGCCGCUGCGCCCUGCGCAUCAACUCGACUGACUUCACAUACUUCUUUGACGGCAACAAGACAGUGAAGGCCUGCGAUGGAAACUUUGUUUAUGACCACUCUGAAAUUCAACAGAGCAUUGUGACAGACUGGGACUUGGUGUGUGAGAAAGAGUGGCUGGCCAAGCUGUGUCAGCCCACGUUCAUGCUGGGGGUGUUGAUCGGAGCGCUGCUGUUUGGGGACAUUGCUGACAGAAUUGGUCGUGUGAAGAUUCUGAUGUUCACCAGCCUCUGUCAGUUUGGGAUCGGGGUCGCUGUAGCGUUCUCUGGAAACUACUAUUUUUUUGUGGUGCUCCGCUUCCUGCUCGCCAUGGUGUCCAGUGGUUACCUUGUGGUGGUGUUUGUUUAUGUUACCGAAUUCACUGGCAUCAAGGUGCGCACAUGGACCUCAAUGCACGUGCACGCAGCCUUUGCAGUCGGGAUCAUGGUGGUGGCUCUGACUGGUUACCUGGUGCGAGUCUGGUGGAUCUACCAGAUCAUCCUCUCCAUCUGUACCUCACCCUUCCUGCUCUGCUGCUGGAAGUUCCCCGAGACGCCCUUUUAUCUGAUGGCCAAGGGACGUUACAAGGAAACUCAGAACCUGCUGGAUGCGAUAGCCCGCUUCAACGGCCUUGAGUGCAGGUUGAAGGCAGAGGAGCUCCUGCGGCCAGAGGAGCAAGAGAAUGGCAGAGCUUUGCUGGAGCAGGAGUCAGAGCAGCAGCAAGUGCAGAAAGAACAGAAGCUGUCCAUCCUGGAUCUGUUUGGAAGCUGGAGGAUGGCGAGUCGUACUUGCACGGUGUGGGCCAUCUGGUUCAUUGGCAGCUUGGGCUACUAUGUUUUCUCUUUGGGUUCCGUCAACCUUGGAGGAAACCAAUACGUUAACCUCUUUCUUGCUGGUGCUGUGGAGCUUCCCUCAUAUCUGGUUGGCUGUUUUGCAAUGGACCGGAUUGGACGGAAGAAGACCUGUGCUCCGUCUCUGCUCUUGGCCGGAGUUGCUUGUAUUCUCAUCAUCGUGGUGCCCGCUGACAUCUACAUACUGGCCAUCAUUCUUAGCAUGACGGGAAAGUUUGCCAUCGCCAUUGCCUUUGGUCUCAUCUAUUUGUACACCUGUGAGCUUUAUCCGACAAUUAUCAGGUCUUUGGCAGUGGGAAGUGGCAGUAUGAUGUGCCGCGUUGGCAGUGUGGUCGCCCCCUUCUGUGUGUACCUGUCAGAUGUGUGGAUCCACCUACCUCAGCUCAUCGUGGGAAUCCUGGCAUUUAUAAUUGGAGUGCUGACUCUGUUCUUGCCUGAGACCCUGGGCAUACCUUUGACAACUACCUUGGAGGAGGCUGAAGCUCUGGGACGUCAAAAUAAGAAGGACGGUCUGGAAAUGAAACCGCAGGAAUCCAAAGCCUGAGCUGUGCACUGACGGACAGAGAGAGACGAAGAGGCACUUCCUCAGAAAACACCUUUGAUUUACUGGAUUGUUGGGAGACAAAUGGAAAAAAAAAAGAGGGAGCUUUCAUCAGAAUACAAAUAUCAGUAAUGCAAACACAGUGCACAAUAACAUUCUGUAUAAGGUAUAUAACUUAUGUGGAAA